GAGAGAGACUCAUGGCAGCAAAAGAUUUUGCUUUCCUCGACAAAAAAUCAGAGGGGACAACUUUACAGUUGUAGUAUUGUCUGUGACUCUCUCGCUCUCUUUCCAGCCCGCUCGCUCUUCUCCCCAUCCGCCUGUUUCUAUCUACUCUAUCUACCUCUGGAAGGUGGGCAGUAGAGAAAGGUCCAUUUCCAGAAACGAGAUGCAACUUCAUUACUGCUGAAGAGGAACCGGUGUGACAUGAGGAUUUGGAGUGAGAGCAACAAAAAGCUGCAGCAUCAUAUAGAGUAGCUGUUACACAGAUUUUGCUUGCUCAACUAAUAGUAAUGUUUCCACUAAAUAACAGGUGCUCUACAGCGGCCCCACUAUCUCUGCUCAAGAUGUACAGCUUUAUGGGAGGGGGCCUGUUCUGUGCUAUCGUGGGUAAUAUCCUGUUAGUGGUCUCCACUGCCACGGACUACUGGAUGCAGUAUCGUCUCUCUGGAAACUAUGCCCACCAGGGUCUCUGGAGGUACUGCAUGUCCAACAAGUGCUACAUGCAGACUGACAGCAUAGCUUACUGGAAUGCCACCAGGGCCUUCAUGAUCCUUUCAGGGAUGUCAUGCUUUGCAGGCAUCAUUGCUGGCAUCAUGUCCUUUGCACACUUUUCCUCCUUUGAAAGGUUCAACCGCUCCUUUGCUGCAGGAAUCAUGUUUUUUGUCUCAACUUUCUUUGUUCUCCUGGGUAUGGCCAUCUAUACUGGGGUGACAAUCAACUUCCUGGGAAAGCGGUUCGGUGACUGGCGCUUUUCUUGGUCAUACAUACUCGGCUGGGUGGCCAUGCUCAUGACCUUCUUUGCAGGUAUUUUCUACAUAUGUGCCUACAGAAUGUGUGAAUGCAGGAGAGGAACUGGACCACGCUAGAGCGAUGUUUAAGAAAAAAGACAACACUGCCCCUUUGAAUACAUGAAAGACAGAACCCAUCAAGGUAGUCUUGACUGAUCUACUGAAGAGAUGACGUCUUAUACCGAUGCUGGAGGUCUUUGGUGGUCUGUUUAGCAUGUUUUUUAAAAAUCACUGCAGUACAGAUUUUUAUUUUUUUUUUAGUCAUGGUAACAACAUAGAGGAAAAACUAAAUUAAUAAAGCCGACAUGACUGAUUCUGUUUUUACCAGUGUAAUUUGUUACUAUCUUCAUUUUUGUGUGGCAUUACCACCAGAAGAUGGCAGCACUAAAACACAACAGGAGUCCUAAGUAGCGAGAAGAUUUGAUGAAGAAUGCGGACACUGUAUUAAAUAUUGAAUCAUGGAUUAAAUAACUGGUAAGGUUGAAGUUUUACUAGAUCAUUUUUAUACAGUCCUUUAACUUUCAGCACUGCAGACAAGUGGAGCCACGUUUCCCUUCUGGAAAUGCUUUUUAUUAAUAGGCAAACUCUACUGUAGGAAUGUAUGCGAUGUGAAAUAUUAGUCCACAAACAGAGAACAACACAUCAAAGCUAUAUAGUACAUAUUUUUGCCUCACGGUUCCCCCUAAAGCUAGCUGAUUCAGUACAUCUGACAAAGAUUUUCCCAAACUAAUCUUACAAAAUAUAUGUUCUUUAUUGGGUUGUUAUUUACAGGACAGAACUUUGCCUCUGGCAACCAGCAUGAUCUUCCAUAGCAUUUGUUUUUUGACAUCCCCUGAGUACACUUAAGGGUAGACAGCCCAUGGAAAACUGGAGGGGGGAUGUUUGUGUUUGCAUGCAUGUGUGUGUAACAGGCUACAAACAAACAGCACAGUAGAAUCUAAGAAGAAGACAAAGUUCCUGGAGCAGGGUGGGGCCCCCAGCUACUGAUUGUUUCACUGCCUUUGUCUUUACUAACUGCUUCCGUCUCUUUUUUGGUACUCAUCAACUACUCAAAUCAGCUGAAAGGAAAGGAGCAAGAGCUGCUCAGGUAAUGAAUGCUUGGCUACACAGUGACGCAGAAACAAUGAGAGAAAUGUAAACAGUCAGUGGACUGAUUCCUUGAUCCAAGUUUCCAUACUUGGUCCCUGUAGCUGCUGUAGGGAGAUAAGCUCUGCAAUAUAGCGUGCUUUUCUCCAGAUUCUUUCAUGACCCACUGAAAAGCUUUUUAAAAACCUACAGCAGGACAUUUUUACAGCACCAGAGUGGAAAAAUAAGAGUGUAAGGGUGGUGAUGAUAUUUUCAUUCAUUCAUACAUUUAGGACUUAAUGCAAACAUUCAUUUGUAAAAAUCUGUAAACUGAAACAAGAGAGUUUUUUUGUGAACUGAAAAUGUUAUUAAAUUGGUACCUACACACACUCAAAAAUGCAGGGGUGGUCACCCCUCCAAGGUGUCUGUGCCAAGUACUGCAGGUCUGCUCAUAAAUGUUUGCUGCUGUCACUGAGAACACCUGGAAGGGUUUAGGUUUCACCAACACAACCUGAUGAUUUAUGUAACAAUUUCUUUAGUACAUCUGACUUUGCAGACCUGUUAUUUCUCUCACUUCAAGCAUGGCAUCCGCCUUCACUCAAUCUCAUGUGGGAUUUUGAGGAUUUUCCUUUUUUUUGUUGUUGUUGCUGUCGAUGGUGGUGUUACCGUCACAGAGAGGUAUCAAGAAUAAGGAGGAGGAGGUCCAACAGGCAAUCGGAAUAUUUGAUUAAAAAUAAAAACAAUGUUGAAAAAUGUCAUACAAAACACUGAGUACAUUUUUAGGCUUGUGUGCAGCCAUAUUACACAAAAGUGUGUAGUGGUGAAAGACCUAUUCAGACCCUUUAAUUAAUUAAAAGUCAUAAUACUGCCUAAACAACAGAGUGAAAGCAUGAAGAUCAAUGUCAAAAUGUACUUAAAAUAGCUAAAGUGUGAGUAGGUUUC